GGAAAGCACUCCAAGGAGCCAUGCCAGAGUGACAGGAAAAUCCACCAUUCACUGUGGGACCUGGGGGUUCCAUGCUCCCGAUUCCGGGGCGGAGGACACUGGCUUCUGUACACAAGCCUAAAAAUUCACGGUAGCCACAGGUGCCACGUGGGGUGUCCUAGGAAAGUCACCUGUCAGCAGCGGAGUGGCGGGAAAGGCAGUCCGGCGGCGCUGGAACCUCCCAGGAGGAGUGGGAAUGCCUGGACCCUGCUCACAAGUCUCUAUACAGAGAUCUCCUGUUGAAGAAACACAACAGUCUGGUUUCUGUGGGUGAAAAUAGGUUUUUUGCAGCCUUCCUUUCUCCUGCUCCGGGUUCCUGGGAAAACUUCUCUGCAUGUGUCAGCAUCUUUCAUGUUUGUUCCAUGGAAAGUUUCAGGUGCUUUUUGAAGAAUCGCUUUCCCUUAUGCAGGUCUCCCACUACUCAACCAGUCCUGCUCACCUGUCAGUUAGAACCAAAAGCCCUGGGAUGGUGUAGAGAGAGGAGACAGUGGCAAAGGAUCCAGCUUGUUACUUUUGACACCUUGAUGUGACUUGUCAAGAAGAGUGCCAGUCUUUGUUGCUAAGACUGAGAAGAGCAACAGGAAGAAUGGAUGGUUCUCCUGUAAGUGCACCACAGGGUAUAUUGACAUUCAGAAAUUUAUCUGUGGACUUUUCCCAAGAGGAAUGGGAAUGUCUCGACUCUUCUCAAAGGGCUCUUUACAUGGACGUAAUGUGGGAGAAUUACAGCAAUCUAGUUUUUAUAGAGAACCAUUGCAUAUGUGGUAAAUAUGAGAAAGCCUUGGAUCAAGGUUCAAAGCAUAUUGUCCAUCAACAUGUGAAUGCCCAAGAGAAUUCUUACAAAUGUUAUAAGCUUGACGAAAUGAUCCUCCCAAGUUGUACCUCCCAAGUUGUACCUAAUAACACAAGUGAUACUACAGAAAACUGCAAGGAGUACAGAAUUGGUAACCACAGUGAUGCCUGUAACGAAUCAUCAAACCCUAAGAGAUAUAAAAGUGGGAUCACCUCAGAACAAUAUAAAUAUAAAGAUUAUGGGGAGUGUUUAAAUUUGUGCCCUAUCAUUAGCCAAUAUCAACGAAUCCACACUGGAAAGAAAGAACACAAAAAUGCAGAGUGUGAUGAAUUUUUUAACUCUAAACAUAAAUUAAAGAUGAAACAAAUCCAUAGUGAAGAAAAACCAUACCAAUGCAGAAAAUGUGGAAAAUGUUUCAGGACCUAUUUCAGCCUCAGUAGACAUCAGAGACCUCAUCCUGGAGAGAAACACUACAAGUUUACAGAAUGUAGUAAGCCCUUUCUCUAUUUGUCACACCACAAAGUACAUUACAAAAUCCAUUAUGGACAGAAAUCCUACAAAUGUACAGAAUGUGGUAAAUGCUUUUAUCAUUCAUUGGGACAUCACACUAGAGAGGAGACUUACAAAUGUAAUGAUUGUAGAAAACCCUUCAUCUACUGCUUAGGUCUUAGAAAACAUCAGAAUAUUCAUGGAGGAGAGAGGCCUUAUGAAUGUAAACAAUGUAGUAAGUCCUUCUAUACAUUGUCACACCUUGAAUACCAUUACAGAACCCACAGCAGAAAGAAACUUUACAGAUGUAAUGAAUGUGGUAAAUGCCUUUCCACCUCCUCGGGUCUUCAAAGACAUCAAAGAAUUCAUACAGGAGAGAAAUCUUAUAUAUGUGGUGAAUGUGACAAAUGCUUUAUCCAGAAAUCCCAACUUAAAACACAUCAAAAAAUUCACACAGGAGAGAAAACUUACAAAUGUAGUGAAUGUGGGAAAUCCUUUACUGUUGGCUCAUCUCUUAGAAUACAUCAAAGAAUUCACACAGGAGAGAAACCUUACAAAUGCAGUGAAUGUCACAAAUGCUUUAUCCAGCAAGCCCACCUUAGAAGACAUCAGAAAACUCAUACAGGGGAGAAACCUUACAAAUGUAGUGAAUGCGAGAAAUCCUUUACCGUUGGCUCAGAUCUUAGAAUGCAUCAGAAAAUUCAUACUGGAGAGAAACCUUACAAAUGCAGUGAAUGUGACAAAUGCUUUAUCCAGAAAGCCAAGCUUAAAAAGCAUCAGAGAAUUCAUACAGGAGAGAAACCUUACAAAUGUGGUGAAUGUGACAAAUGCUUUACUGUUGGGUCAGAUCUUCGAACACAUCAGAAAAUUCAUACUGGAGAGAAACCUUACAAAUGCAGUGAAUGUGACAAAUGCUUUAUCCGGAAAGCCAACCUUAGAAGACAUCAGAGAAUUCAUUCAGGAGAGAAGCCUUACAAAUGUAGUGAAUGUGAGAAAUGCUUUAUCCAGAAAGCCAAUCUUAGAACUCAUCAGAGAAUUCAUACAGGAGAAAAGCCUUACAAAUGUAGCGAAUGUGGAAAAUCUUUUACCGUUGGCUCAGAUCUUAGAAAGCAUCAGAAAUGUCAUACUGGAGAAAAACCUUACAAAUGCAAUGAAUGUGACAAAUGUUUUAUCCGGAAAGCCCACCUUAGAAGACAUCAAAGAAUCCACACAGGAGAGAAACCUUACAAAUGCAGUGAAUGUGACAAAUGCUUCAUCCAGAAAGCCAAUCUUAGAACACAUCAGAAAAUCCAUACAGGAGAGAAACCAUACAAAUGUAGUUACUGUGACAAAUGCUUUAUCCAGAAAGACCAUCUUAGAACACAUCAGAGGCUUCAUACAGGGGAGAAACCUUACAAAUGUAGUGAAUGUGACAAAUCUUUUGCUGGUGGCUCAGUUCUUAGAAAACAUCAGAAAAUUCAUACUGGAAGAAAUCUUACCAGUGCAGUGAAUUUGGCCAAUCCCUUAUCUAGGAAGCCCACCUUAGAACUCAUCAAAGAAUUGAUACAGGAGAGAAACCUUGUAAAUGCAAUGUAUAUGACAAACCCUUUACCUGUCUCUCAGGUCUAAGAAAACAUCAAGAAAUACAUACUGAAGACACAACUUUCUAUACUAAUAUAGCAUAUGCUUUAUCCAAACUCUAUCCUUAUGGACCACUACAGCAUCCACACUAGGGAAUUAUUAUGUAUAUGAGAAAUAUGUGAAAGCCUUUGAGUAAUGUUCGAAUCUUAGGAAACAAAAUCUAGACUUAUUUUGGAAAAAUUCUGCAAAUGUGACAAAUGUAGGAAAUUUUUCAGUAAAAUGUUUUACUUUCUCACUUUCAAAUAAUUCAUAAUGAAUACAAAAUGGAGAAGCCUGAAGAAUGUGCUAUUGUUUGUCAGUUUUCUGGAGACUAUAGGAAAGGUAAUUAAGGUUGUAAAUAAAAACUCAAAAUAGCUUCCGGAUGUUCCUGAAACUGUCAGGAAUCACUAUGUUUAAUUCCAUUCAAGAAACUUAUACCAGUCUUGCUGUUUAGAAUAAUUGAGCCAGUGAGAUACAAUACAUUAUUACAAUACAUGUAGAUAUGCCUACAGGUGUGUAGUAUUCUCUGGGUGUCCAGUGUUCAUAAGCUGUAUUUUGUGCUGGUUUGGCAUUUCAUGAUGGCAACUGUCUUUGAUUCACUUUUGUUCUUGUAAACAACUCCAUUCUUGUAUUUGUGUAAGUAAUACCAUUAAAACACAUUGGUUCAACUAGA